AUGAAGCUGAUCAACGUGCACAACCUGAAGCUGGAGGAACAUGUCGGCAACGAGAUGCCGCCGUACGCCAUCCUGUCGCACACUUGGGGCGCCGAAGAGGUGACGCUGCAGGAGUGGGUGAAGACGCCGCGGCCGACGCACAAGGCUGGGUUUCGCAAGAUUCUGAAUGCGACGCGCCAGGCUGAGCUGGAUGGCCUGGAUUAUCUGUGGGUUGAUACGAAUUGCAUCGAUAAGACGAGCAGCGCGGAGCUUUCCGAGAAUAUCAACUCCAUGUUUGCGUAUUAUAGCCGGGCGGCGGUUUGUUAUGUUCAUCUCGAGGACGUGUGUUGGACGAAGCCGGUUGACGCGGAACCAUGGCAGUUGCGUGAUCAGCUGCAGGAUAGUCGGUGGUUUACGAGGGGAUGGACGCUUCAGGAGCUUCUCGCGCCGAGGGACGUCAUCUUCUUCGCCGAGCCGUGGGAGCGGCUCGGGACCAAGCUGGGGCUGUUGGGGUUGCUGGCCGACAUCACGGGCAUCGAAGAGAAGUUUCUCAGAGAGCCGAAGCAGAUCCCGCACGCCGCGAGUGUUGCGAAGCGCAUGUCGUGGGCGUCGAGGAGGCAGACGACGCGGCCCGAAGACAUGGCGUACUGCCUGUUGGGGCUCUUUGGCAUCAACCUGCCUCUGCUCUACGGCGAGGGCUGGAAGGCGUUCCUGCGGCUCCAGGAGGAGAUUAUCAAGGCGUACAACGACCAGUCCAUCUUCUGCUGGUGCUACAUCGACGCCCCCGUUGGCUGGCACAGCUUCCUCGCCCCGAGUCCGCGGUCGUUUGCGGAUUCGGCCGACUUUGCCAGCUUCCGAGGGGAUCCUGACACGACGGUUCAGCCGUAUACGAUUACCAACGCGGGACUCUCCAUGACGCUGCCUUCGGUUUACACGUGCGACGGGAGGAUUGUCGUGCUCGAUGUAGUGCAUAAUCACAUCGAUCCCUGGGGCAGCCAACGAGUCGGAAUCCCCGUCACUUGGACGCAGGGACUCGGCUGCUACCGUCGCCUGGAACGUCCUCGACGCCCGGUACUCAUCGCCACCGCCAUGAUCGAGCACAAUCCCAGGGAGAAUCUCUGCUUUUACUGCAAAUCGCUCGUCCAAGCCGACGCCGCCACGGGCUUCUACGACGCCUGGCUCGAGGAGGGCUACUCUCUCCUCCUGACAUUCGACAUGCCCGUGCGGAUAGAGUGGACAAACGACCGGCGAUCGGACCCAGGCUACCAAGACUCGACGGAAAACUUUGACUUCCAAGCACACCUGAGCUGCGUCCGCGUAGAACACGACAUGCGCGUGCGAAGCACCCAGCACAGAAUCAUCGUCUUCUCCCACCUCCAAGACUCCAAACAAUACGCCGCCCUCUUCAUCACCGUCAUCAGAAUGUCCAAGAAAGAAGGCGGCGGCGUCAUCUGGUACGCCGAAGUCAUCCCCCUCCACGUCCACGCCCGCCCAACCACCCGCGCAAGACCCAUCAUCGACUUCGAAUCCCUCGUCAUCGACACCCUCCAAGGCCUCACGGGCAAAAACCUCGGCGGCAAGCCCAUGCGAGGACGCGUCACCAACACGGGCCACAUCUCCGAAACCAGCGCCGAGCUCAGCCGCCACUUCCCCAAGCCCAUCCUCGGCGCCGGCAUCUCCGUCAUGCACCGAAAGGCGGCGACGAACAACUACAGCAACAACAGCAGCAGCAGCAGCAGCAAGAGGAGCCCGUUCUGGGCGGACACGCAGCGCGCGUUGCAUGUGAUACUGAAUGACGAGGUCAACUACAUGGAGAUUUACUGGCAGAUUCGGGCGAGCCCGGCGCCUGCCGACUCGACGCCCUGGAUGCCGUCGUAUGCCGGCAUCGAGGAGAACCGGAAGAUGAUACACGGGGUUGUGCUGAGGAAGAAGCAGCGGCAGUUGUCUGCAAAACGAGGCGUCAUGGAGUUUUGGGACUAA